GCGGAAGUUUACAGUUGGAUUCCCCGACCCUCCUCCAUGUCAAAUAAUUGAAGAACACCUAUCCGAGACUGUGGCACCAUGUCUGAUCCGGAAUCCCCGGAUUCUAGUGAUCCGGCUCAGAGAAGCUCCCUGCGAGGUCCAGAGAUGGCGUCAGGGAAGCUGGAGGACUGCAGUCAAACACUGGAACUCAGUGUGGCUGUCAAAGAUGAUGACGGUAAUGACGAGGAGGAGGCUGAUGAAGAGGAUAGCGAUGAUGUAGACUCUGGGCAUAACGUUGUGAAAGUGGACAUGGAUGAGGAGGAAGGAGAAGCAGUGAAGUCGGGGCUUGCUAUUGUUAAAAGAGAUGCAGAGGAGGAGGGAGGUGGCGGGGAUGAGACCAACUCAGGAGGGGGCGCCAACUCGAACACAGACAGUUUAGAUGGGGAGAAUGAACAGAGUUCGAACGCUCAGAGUGCAGUGGAGAAGCCACACCCCUGCUCCCAGUGUGGCAAGACCUUCCUCACCGUGGGGAGCCUGAAGAGGCACACGCAGACCCACAGCGGAGAGAAACGCCAUCAGUGCUCCGUCUGCGGGAAAUGUUUCUCACGCUCAGACGACAUGAAGAGACACCUCACCAUCCACACAGGAGAGAGGGUGGGCCACGUCUGUCACCAGUGUGGGAAGACUUUCACCAGUGUGGGAGGGCUGAAGAAACACCAGAUGACCCACACAGGAGAGAAGCCGUUCCAGUGUUCAGAGUGUGGGAAAGGUUUCACUGCGCAGGGUAACCUCAAGAUCCACCAGCGCAUCCACACAGGGGAGAAACCGUACCAGUGCUCCCAGUGUCAGAAAAGCUUCUCUCGGCUGGCCCACUAUAAAGACCACCAGCAGACUCACCGGGAGGAGAAACCGUACCACUGCAAUGACUGUGGGAAAAGCUUCUCCUACUUCAAGUCACUCAAGUGCCACCAGAUGAUCCACAAAGGGGAGAACCUCCACCACUGCUCCGUAUGCGGUAAAGGGUUCGCCAUCCGCGGCAACCUGAAGACCCAUCUGCAGACACACACCAAGGAGAAACCACACCAAUGCUCAGAGUGCAGGAAACGGUUCUCCCGAGCCCACGACCUGAAGAAACACAAGCUGCUCCACACGGGGCAGAAGACCUACCACAUUUGCCAGUGUGGCAAGAGCUUCACGGAGCUGGGGAACCUGCGGACCCACCAGAGAACCCACACCGGAGAGAAACCAUUCUGCUGUUCCUUCUGUGGCCGAACCUUCUUGCGUGCUGGAGACCUGAAGAGCCACCAGCGGACACACACCGGAGAGAAACCAUUCAUCUGCGCCAUAUGUGGGACCAGUUUCGCCCAAUCUGGCAACCUGAAAGUGCAUCAGAUCACACACACUAAAGAGAGGCCGUACUCUUGUACUGUCUGUGAUAAGGGGUUCACCACACCGGGGAGUCUGAAGCUACACAUGAGGACACACACAGGGGAGCGGCCGUUCCUGUGUAGCGCGUGUGGGAAAGGGUUCACGGCGUCAGGGCAGCUGAAGAGGCACCAAGAGUGUCACAUGAGAGACACUGUCCAAUCAUCUCCUAGUGAAGACACGGGGGUGGUGGUGGCUUCAAAAUAAAAGUCCUCUCUAAGCGGACUACAAAAUAAGAGUACUGGAAACGUGCCAUUGUGUGUCUGAACUGUGAUCAUGAUGGGAGGUUUUACUGCUUCAUGAUGUCACUAUGGGCUCUGGUCAAAUGGGACACCAUUCACUGUGGGCUCUGGUCAAAUGAGACACCAUUCACUGUGGGCUCUGGUCAAAUGAGACACCAUU